ACAGAGUCAGUUCCACGGUAGAGGUGACCUGACUGAGGCUCAUUUUGCAGGCGUUAAAAUUGUUCUCCCAGUUUUCAGUCAUGUCCGAACAAAUCAGAGUCCCUGUGACUGGAGCAGCUGGUCAGAUUGCAUAUUCAUUGCUGUACAGUAUUGGAAAUGGAUCUGUCUUUGGUAAAGACCAGCCUGUAAUUCUUAUGCUGUUGGAUACCACCCCCAUGAUGGGUGUCCUGGAUGGUGUCCUAAUGGAACUUCAAGACUGUGCCCUUCCCCUCCUGAAAGAUGUCAUCGCAACAGAUAAAGAAGAGGUUGCCUUCAAAGACCUGGAUGUGGCCAUUCUCGUAGGCUCCAUGCCAAGAAGGGAGGGCAUGGAGAGAAAAGAUUUACUGAAAGCAAACGUGAAAAUCUUCAAAUCCCAGGGUGCAGCCUUGGAUAAAUACGCAAAGAAGUCAGUUAAGGUUAUUGUUGUGGGUAAUCCAGCCAAUACCAACUGCCUGACUGCCUCCAAGUCAGCUCCAUCCAUCCCCAAGGAGAACUUCAGUUGCUUGACCCGUUUGGAUCACAACCGAGCUAAAGCUCAAAUUGCUCUUAAACUUGGUGUGACUGCUAAUGAUGUAAAGAAUGUCAUUAUCUGGGGAAACCGUUCCUCAACUCAGUAUCCAGAUGUCAACCAUGCCAAGGUGAAAUUGCAAGGAAAGGAAGUUGGUGUUUAUGAAGCUCUGAAAGAUGACAACUGGCUCAAGGGAGAAUUUGUCACAGGAGAGUUUGUGUCCAUGGGUGUUAUCUCUGAUGGCAAUUCCUAUGGUGUUCCUGAUGAUCUGCUCUACUCAUUCCCUGUUGUAAUCAAGAAUAAGACCUGGAAGUUCGUUGAAGGUCUCCCUAUUAAUGAUUUCUCACGUGAGAAGAUGGAUCUUACUGCAAAGGAGCUGACAGAAGAAAAAGAAACUGCUUUUGAAUUUCUUUCCUCUGCCUGACUAGACAAUAAUGUUACUAACUGCCUCAAAGCUGAAGAAUCUAAAUGUCGUCUUUGACUCAAGUACCAAAUGAUAAUAAUGCUAUACUUAAAUAAAUUGUGAAAAACAACACAUUUUAAAAAUUA